AUGAACUCACAAGUCAGCAUUACUAGUGAUCUGCGCAUUGCUGCGAGCGGGAUCUGCAACCGGGUGUGCUCCCUGGAGAGGGAGCGCAAUGAGCGGGCCUGGCCCGCUAACGUGGAUGUAGCAGCUGUCACGACGCAAGCUAUGCCUCUUGUGUCUGCUGUGAAAGAGGUCCUGACCCAUGGGGAGAAAAGUGCAGCGGAGACAGCGACUCCGACAGUACCGGCUCCGGAGGUGUAUGCAGGGACCGCUGCGGAGAGGAGUUUACGGGGGCAGCAGUCGCCAAAGUGGAAGGGUGCACUCGUUCGGCGGUACUAUGAGCCGCGUCGUGUGGGGUACAACAGGGGUGAGCUAGGCGCAGGUGACCCUGUGGGCAGUGCGCGCAAUGGCACCGCUGUGGUACCCUAA